AUGGGAGUACGGACCUUCCCCCCAGGUAAUGGUGAGGCCCAUGUACGCCCCCAAACACGAAAACCCGCAUGGAUGCUACGACUAGAAUCUAGGAUAGCAUCGUUGAGGGUGAAGAUAGGUCGGUUAACACAAUACAAGAGGGGAAACCGAUCAGGAAGGCUGGUUCGUCAGGUGAAAGAAAUCGUCAAGCCCGUAGAGCUCCUAAAUCUCAGUGAACUCAACAUCACUGAGAUCCUCGACACCCAUGUACAAAGGUUAAGUGCUCUUGCUAAACGGAUGCGACGUUAUGUUGAAUGUUCAAAGCGGAAACAACAAAACCGGAUGUUCAACACUAACGAAAGGGAGUUCUAUAACCACAUCAGAAAAGAGAAACCCAACUACAGCGAAGGACUUCCGGAGAUUGGCCAAGUUAACCUUGGUAUGGCGUACAUCGACUAUAAAAAAGCAUACGACUCCGUACCACACACGUAUCUCAUUAAGGUACUGGAAUUGUAUAAAAUAGACGAUGGCGUCAUCAGGCUAAUGAAGCACGCAAUGAGAAUGUGGAACACAUCACUGCACAUUACGGACGGAGCAACAGUGUUACGGUCCAGAACUCUUAGCAUAAGAAGGGGGAUCUUCCAAGGUGACACCUUUAGUACUCUAUGGUUCUGCCUUGCGAUGAACCCCCUUAGCAGAACACUUAACCGAACCAGUUAUGGCUACAAGUUGAAGAGCGGGACAACGAGAACAAAAAUUACCCACACCUUCUAUAUGGACGAUUUGAAACUGUUUGCGGAAACGAAGGAUCAACUGCAUCAAUUGUUGCAAGUGGUUUCGACGUUCAGCAACGAUAUCCGAAUGGAGUUGGGCAUCGACAAAUGUCGACUCGUCAAUAUUCACCGGAGUAAAGUUAUGGACGCCAAAAGUUUCCGCGUCAAUCCUAGAGAAGAGAUUCGGAGUAUGGUUGAAGGUGAAUCGUACAAAUACCUGGGAUUCCUGCAACUAAAAGGUAUUCACCACACGAUGAUCAAGAAAGAACUGCAGGAAAAUUUCUUGCAUCGUAUCAACCGUAUAAUGAAGACUUUUCUCUCGGCCGGCAACAAGAUCAACGCCAUAAACACGUUUGCCGUGCCGCUGUUGACAUACAGCUUCGGGGUGGUCAAAUGGACCAAAACGGAUUUGGAAGCGAUCGAACGAGCAUUAAUAGUAUCGCUGACAAAACACCGUUCGCACCACCCAAAAUCGGCCACCGAAAGAAUCACCUUACCACGUAGUAAAAGAGGAAUAGGUGUGAUUGAUAUCCAGGCACUUUGUGCCUCACAGAUCCAACAGUUGCGGAGAUAUUUCGUAGAAAGCCAGAGCCGUCAUGAAAUCUACCGCACUGUUUGCGAGGCAGACCAUGGGUUCAGCGCUAUGCACCUGGCGCAGCAUGAUUAUCAGCUGAACUGCGUUCUUAAAACCGACGAGGAAAAGAUCGCAACGUGGAAGCAAAAAGAGCUGCAUGGGACGCACCCCCAUCAGUUAGAACAACCACACAUAGACAAAGCAGCAUCAAAUACGUGGUUGGUGCGAGGUGAUCUCUUUUCAGAGACAGAAGGAUUCAGGGUAGCCAUCCAGGACCGGGUUAUUGCAACGAAGAACUACCGCAGGUACAUAUUGCACGAAAACAUAGAGGACCGUUGCCGUAAGUGCAAUGUAGUAGGGGUAUCGAUUGAGCAUGUUAUUGCAGGCUGCCAAGCGUUAGCAGAAACGGCCUACCUCAAUCGCCACAAUACGGUUGCCAAGAUUGUGCACCAACAACUUGCUUUGAAGCACAACUUGGUAAACUGCUACGUACCCUACUACAAAUACCUGCCCCACCCAGUCCUAGAAAAUGACUGUGUAAAGCUGUACUGGGAUCGCGCGAUCAUAACGGAUGUCCUCAUACGUGCCAAUCGCCCUGACAUUGUGGUCUACAACAAAAGGAUGAAGCGGGUCACCCUCAUCGAUAUUGCUGUACCGCAAGACCAGAAUGUGCUAUCAACUUUCUCGACCAAAAUCACGAAAUACCAUGAUUUGGCCGAGGAGUUACGGCAAAUGUGGCACCUGGAGGAAGUACGAAUAGUUCCAGUAGUAAUCUCUGCUACUGGACUAGUUCCCUGUACUCUACUGCGCUCCUUAGAAGAGUUGGAGCUGCGCACCGAACUACAAGUAAUCCAGAAAGCGGUGGUUCUGGGUACCUGCAACAUUGUACGGAGGUUCCUGAACCACCAUAACUGA